AUGAUGAAAUCAGAUCACUUUAUAUCUGGAAGUUAUGAUAAAUUGAUUAUAAUAUGGAAAAGAAAUCAAAAUAAUUAAUGGAUUUGUUAAUAGAAAUUGAAUGGACAUACAAAUGCAAUAUUUUGUUUGGUAUUAAACAAUAAUGAAGAUCUUAUUGCAUCUGGUGGAUAAGAUAAUACAAUUAACUUGUGGUAAAAAUAAAAUGAAUGGUUUUGUUCAUAGACAAUCAAAGAUCAUACUAAAAGAGUAUUAGGAUUAAGUUUUAAUGAAGAAUAAAAUAGAUUAAUAUCUUGUGGAUAAGAUUACUGUAUAUUAAUAAUUGAACAAUCAGAAUAAAAUAAAUAAUGGAAUGUAAUAUAAAAGAUUAAAGUGAAAAAUUAUUAAGGUGUUCGAUUAUGUUUUAUUGAUAAUAAUACAUUUACAUUAUUAUAUCCUUGGGGAAGAGAUUACAUGCAUGUUUUUGAGUUGAAUACUUCUAAUAAAUAAUAUUCAAAUACAAAGGAUAUUCCUCUAAAAAUCAAAAGUGGCUUUGAAAAUACACAAUUUCCUUAAUAAUACAUAAAAUCUAAAUGUAUUAUUGUGAAUAAGAAUGCUUCAAAUGUGAAUUUAAUAAGAAAGUAAUAAAAUGGUGAAUUUACAAUUGAGUAAUCUAUUUAGUUUGAAAAAUAUCAGAUUUUUGGAUAUAUGACUGAUGAUGGAUAGUAUCUGAUUACUUGGGAUGCUUAAUCAAAAGAAUAUCAAAUUAGGAAAUAUCAGGAAUAAUGA